GUCAGUUUUCUCACCUAUCCGAGCACAAGAGCACCACCGACCGCGCGCCGAGCGCGUUCUCUCUGACUUCAAGAGUAUUUCUGCCUCUUUCCACACACAGCCAAGCCGUUUCUGCACCCCCGGAGGUGUUCACGCACUGAACAUCCUCUCGCAGUUGCGAUCAGUUUGUGCGGGUCCAAUUAAAGUGAAUUUGAAAACGACGAGGCUCAGAACGAGGCUGAAGCAUCUUUAAGAGCGCGCGCAUCUCUCAGAGAGCGCGAGCAACAUAUGUGCUGCCUCUGAAGACUCGGUACAGCAGCUCAGUGUGUCUGAAAACGCUCGAAAAAACGUUUCACCCGACUGCAGAAAACUUUCAAGGAAUAUUUACAAGCAUUUUGAAGGGAUUUCCUGUCAGUAACACUGAGCAAAACUAAUACUUUUGGAGAUAUUUAGAGGACGGAAUACGAAGUGAACGCUGCGUUCCGAGGGGAAUCACAUUUACGCUCCUUCAGUUACACGGUUCUUCUUUGCGGACGGAAGUUUCCGAGUUUUCUGCCGGGAAAAAUGGGCAUAACUGGUUAUUUUGAGCUGCAGUGGAAAUGUCUGGUUGUUGUGGCUCUAAGACUGCUGUUCCUUGUGCCCGCAGGAGUGCCAGCGAGAAGCGGAGAAUCUUAUUUAAAGGACAACAUCACUGUCAGACAAGGAGACAGUGCUGUCUUGAAGUGCAAUGUGGACAACAAAGUAUCACGGGUGGCGUGGCUCAACCGGACCACUAUCCUCUUCACGGGGAAUGAAAAAUGGUCGUUGGACCCCCGGGUGGUUCUACUAAACACAGCAGUCACCGAAUACAGUAUAAAGAUAUUAAAUGUGAACUUAUACGACGAGGGGCCGUACGUGUGUUCCAUCCUCACAAACAAGAAACCAGAGUCAACAAAAGUGCACCUCAUCGUACAAGUUCCUGCCAGGAUUGUAAACGUAUCUGCGGAUGUUUCAGUGAACGAAGGCAGUAACGUAAGCCUCAUGUGUCUGGCCAUCGGGCGACCUGAACCCAGCAUUCUGUGGAAAUUCCGGUCUUCAAAAGGUGAUGGAAGAGGUAGUAGAAUCAUUACCGAGGGCGAAUAUGUGGAAAUGACUGGAAUCACCAAAGACAUGUCCGGCUCGUACGACUGCAUCACGUCAAAUGACAUCUCGCCUCCAGACGUGAGGACUGUUCAGGUUACCGUAAACUAUCCACCUGUCAUUUCGCGAGUUCGGAGCACAGGAACGGCUGUCGGCCAGAAAGGAGUACUGUGGUGCGAGGCAUCUGCGGUUCCUCUGGCAGAUUUUCAGUGGUAUAAGGGAGAACGCAGACUCUUCAACGGACUCAAUGGGGUCAAGAUCGAAAACAAGGGUAAAGAGUCCAUGCUAACAUUCUUUAACGUCUCCGAAGAGGAUUACGGGAACUACACCUGUGUGGCCAUGAACACGCUGGGAAUAACAAACACCAGCAUUAUUUUGAACGGCCCCGGAGCGAUACACGAUGUGAACAACGCAGCCUUAUCGCCAGCCAGCUCAUUCUUGCUUCUGACUCUCGUUUUAACUCUUUCGGUCCUCAGCAAGUUUUGAUGCUAAAGCAGCGUGUCCGUUUCUCCGUGCGCACGCAGACUCACAGUCCCACACACCGAGGAGAGUACUUUAUCAGUUAUUAUUAUCGUCAUCAUCAUUUAAAUUAUUUUGCCUUAUGUUUAAUUUUUGAAGGGAAAUGUCUGUGUGGGUUUAUGGGUCUGUAAUAAGAUGCUUUGGGAUUUAACCGUGUUUUGAAACAGUGAACUGGACUGUGAAUGGAGUCAGUUUGUUAGCUGGGUAGAAAUAAUAAUAGAACCACUAUAUGUGUCUCUCCAACCUUUUGUAUGUGAAAAGAGAAGCAAAAAUUCAUGUAAUCGUGAACUGAAUGGUUUUUUGCUCAGUAUUGAACAGUGUGAAUUGAGGUUACUGGUGUCUUGUUUUCCUGUAAAAUAACAUGAUUUUUUCAUUUUUAUUUUCCUUUUUUUUUUUUUUUUUUUUAAAAUAAUCGAUAAAAACGACAAAUAGCAAAAAAGAAAGAUAGAAACAGAACUUAAAAAAAAAAAAGCUUCACUGGGCCCAGAAAGUAUUUGGACGCUUAAGUCACACUUUAAAAUGUCUGAAUGUCAUUAAACCAAGCAAAUCUUUUUUUCCUUGCAACUAACUUCAAUUUUCUUGCAUUUCCAUUUUCAUAUUUUUACAUUUUUUCCUCUCAUCCAAUACCCUUUAAAGGUGUUUUUUUACUGGAUGAAUAAAGUCACUUCUCUAGUAUCGUUCAUUACAUAAACUACAGUAUGAACAUUGACUUUUUAACAAUUAUUUCAAAAAACAAACAAAUAAAUUUUAGAGAGAGAGAGAUAAAUAUUUUAAUUAUUAUUAUCACUGGAGUAAUGGCAGCUGAAAAUGCAGCUUUACCACAGAAAUAAAUAAUAUUUAACAACAUAUUAAAACAAAAAAAGGAGGAAAAAAAGAAAAAGAAAAACAGUAUAUAACCAGUCAAAAGUUUUUGAACAGUAAGAUUUUUAAUGGUUUUAAAGAAAUCUCUUCUGCUCACCAAGCCUGCAUUUAUCUGAUCCAAAAUACAGGAUAUAAUAAAUUCUCAGCUGUUUUCAACAUCAUAAAUGUUUUUUGAGCAGCAAAUCAGAAUGAUUUCUGAAGGAUCAUGUGACUGGAGUAAUGAUGCUAAAAUUCUGCUUUGAAAUCACAGGAAUAAAUUACAUUCAAAUAGAAAACAGCUAUUUUAAAUAGUAAAAAUAUUUCAAAACUGUUUUUGCCGUACACGUUGGAUGAAAUAAAUGCAGGCUUGGUGAACAGAAGAGAUUUCUUUAAAAAAAGAUUAAAAAUCUUACUGUUUAAAAAAUUUUGACUGGUAGUGUACAUCAUUACUUUAGUAAUAAUAAUAAUAAUUUUACUAUUUAUUUUGUUUUAUGUUUUAUCUAACACAAUGACAUUCACGCACUGUGUGGCAUAAAUGUCCAAAUACAUUUUAGGGGAUGCUGUAUGUGAUAUUUGAUUUACUGUACAUGUACAGAUGUAUGCAAAUACUGUUCACACACACACAUAAGAUCUAUGCGUUCAAUAUAAUAUAGCACACAGUUCCUAAAAACAUAGCGCAUCCUCAGUGCUCAUCUGCCAUUGACGCUGUUCAAACGACAAAGGAAUCACAACGAUAACCUGCACGUGUACUUGUACUGAGCUGACAUAGUUACAAGCAGUAGGAUAUAGACUCCUUACCUGGUCUAAUAUGUUUUAUGCUGCUCUUAGAGAAGUUUUUAGUGUAGACGCAGACAGUAUGCCCUAAUGUAAGCUACAUAAAAUCUGUUCCUCAUAUAAAGACCCUUUAGGAUGACAGCUGUUGUGAGCUGUAUAAUCAUUAAGCGUACCAAAUGGGACAGAGGAACUGAUCUGAACAACUCUGAAUAGAGAUUUCCUCUAUAAAGUCCAAAAGAGUUAUUCGUCUCAGUCUUGAUCUCCACAGGUCACGUUUCAUACCACCAAAUAAACAUCAGUCAUUGAAUAUUUUGUUGUAAAUCCCUUUCCAGAUUCACUUGUGUUGUUUUAAACAAAUUGAAUUUGCUUUGGAUGACUCUACUGAAGAGUUUCAACUUCUUUCUCAGGUUUUUGGUGCUGAGUUUCUUUUAAGUGAUUUUGUAUUCUUGAGUCUUGAAGUAAAUUUGACAGAAGCCAAAACUGUUAUCGCAAAUGAUAUAAUAAAAUGAUGAUAUUUAAUAACUUCUGGGGACAAAGAAGUCCCAGUAACAGACAUAUUUCCUUGCGUAUCUUUGGGUGAUAACCAUCAAUUUAUCCGUGAUCUUUAGCACUAAUUUCCACACUAAUAUAAUGUCAUAUAAAUGUCAAAUUGUGCAUGUCUGAGCAGGUCGAAGAAUAUGGUAAUCUCAGAUUUCAUCUAUUUCAUAUCCCGUAUCUUUCCUUUCAUAAGUCUGCUGAUUUAGCAGCCGUGCUUUCAUACUUGUUACUCUAUGAAAGCCGACCCGUCAACACGCUCAUAAGGGACUUUGGAAACCCAACAGAAAUGUCCACUUAUCAGUAGCCGGCAGUGUAUAGAAGCUUAAAGGAACAGCUCACUCAAAAAUGAAAAUUCACCUUCAGGCCAUCCAACACGAGUUUGUUUUAUUAUCGCAUUUGGAAUACGUACCAUUACAUCACCUGUUCAGCAAUGAAUCCUCUGCAGUGAAUGGGUGCCAUCAGAAUGAAGUCCAAACAGUUGCUAACAAUGGUUUGUAGUUAAAAAACGUCUUAAGUGUGGUUUUGUUUUAUUACAAACCAAGGUUGUCGCUAACUAUUAUUUUUGUAAUUGAGUAAUCGUUGAUUAUUCUGAUGAUUAAUCGAAUAAUCAGGUAAUGAUUAUUUUUUGUGGUAAUAAAAAUAGGUCCAAGCAAACAGAUUACAUAUACAUUAUAUAUAUAUAUAUAUAUAUAUAUAUAUACACACACACACACAUACAUAUAUAUAUAUAUAUAUAUAUAUAUACAAAUAGCAACCAGGCAACAAUAAUUAGUUAAAAUAAAGCAUCGAAAGCAAGUAAUCAUAUGUGGCCCUGGACCACAAAAACCAGUCAUAAUAUCAAUUUCUUGAGAUUUAAACAUUAUCUGAAAAUUGAAUAAAUAACCUUUCCAUUGAUGUAUGGUUUGUUGAAUAGGACAAUAUUUGUCCAAGAUACAACUAUUUGAAAAUCUAGAAUCUGAGAAAAAAAAAAAAAAAAAAAAAAUUUGAGAAAUUCAUCUUUAAAAGUUGUCUAAAUGUUUUUAGCAAUGCAUAUUACUAAUCAAAAAUUAAGUUUUGAUAUAUUUAUGGUAGGAAAUUUACAAAAUAUCUUCAUGGAGCAUGAUCUUACUAUCCUAAUGAUUUUUGGUAUGAAAUAAAAAUCUAUUUUAAAACAAAGUAUUGUUGGCUGUUGCUACAAAUAUACACAUGCUACUUAUGACUGGUUUUGUGGUUCAGGGUCAGAUAUGGUUUUAAUAAACUGAAAAGUUAAAAUACAUAAUGUAUUAUAAACAAUAGAGCUAAUGUACAUUCCGAUUGUUUUUACAGAUUAACUGCGCGAUCUAAUAUUUGUUUAAUAUUGCAUGAACAACAUUUAAUUCAAAUGUCCACUUAAUCUUUAAUAUAUGCCUAUUUCUUAAGACAGAAAUGCGACAACCACUGUAAUUUCUUUAAUAUGUGGACAUUAAAAUGUGUAAACUCAGAGAGUUUAAACUUUUAUUUUGAAAUCGUGCUGAACAGUUAGCAUAUUGAGAAAGAUACUAAUGUAUUCUCUUGUGUUUGCGUAAGUUCAUUAUUAUUUACCUUACAAAUGUGAUGAAAUUGCAUUCCCAGAUGAACGUUAUAAUAAACCCAAAUUCACAACAAUAUGCAGAGAUGGAGUUUGAGACGCUCCACACGUGUAAAUAAGAACUGUUUCUGUGGAGCAGCAUUUACUGUGAACGGAGCUGCUCUGAGACGCACGUAUGUAACCUACACGUAUAUAAAUAGUUAAAGCACAGAUACAGGUUUUUUUUAAAUAGAGUACUCAAAUUGAAUCGAGGAAUCGUGACAGCCCUGCUGCGUUUUGCUUCACAAGACGUUAUUUGAUGGACUGGUGUCAUGUGGAUUAUUGUGGUAUUUGUGUCAGCUGUUUGGACUCAACCCAUUAACUGCAGAGGAUCCAUUGGUGAGCAAGUGACAUAUUGCUAAAUUUCUCCAAAUCUGUUCCGAUGAAGAAACAAACUCAUCUACAUGUUGGAUGGCCUGAGGAUGAAUACAUUUUCAUUUCUUGGAGAAAAUUCCUUUAAAAGUAGCUCAAAGGAAAUACAGACACAAGCACUCAACCCACACGAGUAACAUUACAGCUCUAAAAUGAGACCUUGUCUGUGAGCUGUCUGCAUUCAGCUUCAGUGAGCACUGUCAACAGCGCUAGACAAACACGCUGAAGAGGAAUGAUUCAAGUCCAAGGUCUGCCACAUCACUGAGAAAUAAAUAUAUGCCCACAGACUGUAAAUGACCUUUCAGUUGAUUCCGAAGUGAAAUUCCUGCACUCUAAUUUGAAGGAUGCUGCUCUGUGACCGACUGAAUGGUUUUUGUGACUGACGUUAACAUGGCGGAGUUCUUUCAAAAGAUUCGCUCUCGUGGAUAUCAGAUCAUGUGAACGUGGAGUUGAAAUAUUAAUUAGACCUCAUUGUGAUCAUGACAUUCAUGAGCUCUUUACGUUCAGCACGACACUGUUCUUCAACAUGCAGUACGUUAAAAAUGCUGUAUGUGAACAAAAAAGAUAUAUAUGCAAAUAUUUAUCCUGAUUUUAUUUGAUUGUUAAAUAUGAGGACGGUGUAAUUGCGGAGAUCAAAACACCUUUUCCUUGUUAGCGUUGUGCCUUGCGUGCAUUUAAAAAAAAAAAAUCAUGUGGUAGUGCAAUCGAAUAGAUUCAGUAUCGACCCUGGAAACUUCCGCUUGGGAUGCGUCAUCGUAAACAACCGGCUCGGUUUUACUCAUUAAAUUGAGUUGUUUUAGUGUUUUGAAAGACAUAAAAUCAUCUUUUGAUAAGUAACAUUAACCAUCGGUAUCUCAGUUGUGUUUCGAGUGAAAUUUCCCAAUGAUUUCUGGUGAAUUUUGUACAAGGUUAAAGUACAUAAAUAGGUUGUACUGUAGAUUAUUAGAGUAUCAUUUUGGUAUGUCGGUUAACUUUUUAAAACACUAAUAUUGUGUCGGUGAAGAUGCUAUUGACAGUGAUGUCAUUUUAACUGCUGGGAUGAACGAUACAAACCACAGCCUGUGGCGCUACAACCUUCACAGUGAUCGGCAGUAGUGUACAUAAAAAUGACAUUUAACGUUUAAGUUACAAACAGGUAUAAUUCAGAAUGUAAUUGUUUUGCUUUAUUUUUUUAAUCGAUAUAUUUAUAUUUAUUGUCGUCUGAGGGAACAAAAUAGCAAACGUUCAAUAACAGCACUCUGGGUUUUUGCUGACCUGAUCAUCGUUAUUUUAAAACUGCUGCAAGUAUACAUGCUACAUCUAAUCAUAGCACAGUGUUUCACCCAAAAUCUCUUGGCAAAAAAGUAUUUUGCCCUCCCUUGCAAAACUGUAUUGUAUGUUUGUAUUUAUUUUUUCUGACUGUCUCUAUCUAGUUACGAUUGUAAAGUGUAUGAUACCUUAACAUUUGCAACACACAGCUCUCUCAAUGUGCAUGUACAGCCGUAGUUGUAUUUUUCUUUUUUUACUAUUGGAAAAUGAGUACAAGACUGUUGUAUGUGUUCUGUGUAAUAAAGUUAAGAAUAUUUUCUUCUA